CUUGGCCUUACACCUUUUGAGUCAUUCAUUCCCAUAUAAUCCCGCUCCUCCCUUUGUUUAUCGGUCAUGCUACCUCGGUAUAGCGACUUUGUUAGAAUAUGCUGGUAGUUUCCAGACAUACGGGUUUCAUCCCCGUUGAAUUGAUUCUAUAUAUCACGAGGUUUCUACAGCCCGAUGAUAUUAUGAAUCUUUUGCGAGCAGUGAAAGGCCUCGAUCAACUUCUCACAUCCCAUCAUCUUGCAGUUAAAGGCGAAAAUGGCGAAACGCUUUUGCAUGUUAUUGCGAGAGAUGGAGAUGAGAAAAUGAUGCAAUUGUUCCUCGCUAAAUCGGUGAUACCCGCCGCCGGACAUGAUGAUAUCACACAACUGUACCAGGCUGCGACGUUCGGACAUAUAUCAAGGACGAGGUUCAUUGCCUGCACUAUUAUCAAUCCCAAUGAGCUUGAUCACUAUAAAUCGACUCCUCUGCAUUGGGCUGCGAAAUAUGGGCAUGAUUCCAUUGUGAAAAUACUGCUCGAUAGAGAUGACACUAAGCCUGACCUGGAGAAUAUUGAAUAUCGCACGCCUCUGUCGUUCGCUGCUGAACAUGGGCAUACUUCUGUGGUGGAUUUGCUUCUACGGCAAGACAAUGUUAACCCUAACUCGAAGGCUUGGGACGAUCGCACACCGCUAUCAUUUGCUGCCGAACACGGACAUGUAUCAGUGGUGAAGCUGUUGCUAGAGCAAGACAAUAUCGAGGCUGAUGCGGCUGAUUGUGAGCAAGACGCAGCGGGAAGAUGGCUACCCACAAAUGGUGGUCGUACACCGUUGUCAUUCGCGGCUGGAAACGGACAUCUUGCAGUGGUACAGCUUUUAGUGCAGCGUGACGAUGUUGACGCAGAUUCAAUUGAUGAUAGCCAUCGCACGCCGUUGUGCUGGGCAGCAAAACAUGGUCAUCUGGCUGUGGUAGAGCUGCUAGUGCAAAUGGAGGAAGUUGAAGCUUAUUCUUAUGAUAAAUAUGGUCGCACGCCUUUCUCGCGGGCAGCUGCGAGAGGACACCAAGCUGUGGUGGAGCUAUUGGUGCAAAGGGAGGAUAUCGGAGCUGAUUACAAAGAUAAAGUGGGUCGAACGCCUUUAUCAAAGGCAGCCGCGAGAGGACACCAAGCUGUGGUGGAGUUACUAGUGCAAAUGGAGGAUGUCGAAGCCGAUUCCAAAGAUAAAGAUGGCCGCACGCCUUUAUCAUGGGCAGCUGCGGAGGGACGCCAAGCUGUGGUGGAGCUACUGGUGCAAAGGGAGGAUGUUGAAGCUUAUUACAGAGAUCAAUUUGGUCGCAAAAAGUUAGCAUUUGUUGGAUUCUCGCGGAAUUCGAGGAAUUAAGUAGUAGUGACAAAGCUGCUGUCUUCCUAGUCCCUAUACUGAUUCUGCUCGACGGUAUCUUGUAGAAAAGUGUGAUUACAGCUCGCUGAGCUCUAGCAGUUUGUUAGGAGCCAGGCGGAAAGGAAAGGUCCAAUUCGGUGCAAUACACACACACACACACACACAAUUCAUUAACGCCCGGCGGCUAGGCCGAAAGGGCAACUGAAACUGAUCUAUCAAUACAUAUCCCAAUAUAUAUAUGCCGUGUCUCCUUCGAGCCCAUACAUGGAUGCUUGCAACAUAUGUCCUCUCUCAGCUGUCAAUAUCAUACGGAUCCUGGUGGGUUAGUGAUUUGGUUAGUAGACUGGCUUGAAGGCGCUUCUUCAAGUGUUCAACAUCCUAUCUUCGGCAGUUGAAGCGCG